AUGAUCAUAACGGAGAAAUUACAUUUGGAACACUUGGAUAGGGCGCUGCCAGGAAUAAAAGGGUAUAACAAGCAGACAACGCACCAGAAGGUAAAGAUCUUUUUACAUAUGAUAAGAAGGUUUGGUAGUUACUGCAUCAGAUCGAUGCAUGGUGAGCACUUAACUGAACUAUUAUCUUUUGCUUUAAACCUUAGUUAUAAUGGUGCUGCGAAAUUCAUAUUGAUAAAUACUAAUACGGCAAUAAGGAAUUAUACCAAAAAUAGAACGAUAUGUGUAAUAAGAAGUGACGAGGAUGUAUUUGUUAAACAUUGCCGUAAUAAACAACAACAUUUUUACAUCUGUGAUGAUGACACUCUGCUUGUCAAGUGUUAG